AUAUGGCACUGCUCUUCUGUAGAGCUGCCCUAUUCCUCUUGUGGCUGCGUUAAACACUAGGCAGAGGCCUUCCCACUGCUAGCAGCUAUCUGCUUAGUUGUGGUCUUGUCUUGUGACAUCAGUAUCAGGUGUUCAAAUGUUCCCAGAGUGCCCUGCUGAUCUCUUUGAAUGUGUAGGCAUUUUAAAAGGCUGGCAAAAUUAUGUAGUGUUUUUGCCUUUUUUUUUUUACAGAAAUGGAAACCUUGCCUACUGGGUCACUUUAGCCAGAGUUGUCUGGAGGAAAAAUGCUGGAAAUUCCCAUACUAAAAUAAGACUUUCAUUGCUCCAGAGAGCAAACUACAAAAAACGUUUAAACAUUGUCAUAGCUUUUGCUGUAUCUUCUUCAUAAAAAAACAGGAAAUCUCUAGGCAGAAAAAUAUUUCAAAAUCAGAAUGAAUAUAACAUUCUUAAUCUGGAGACCAAAAUAAAAUUCCAACUGAUUCUAAUGAGUCUAGGAUUUCAUUUGCAUCCAACAGCUUAUUUCUUCAGACCAAUAAACUGUUGCAAAAACAUAGUUUAGUGUUCCUAUUAUGAAAAUAUUGAGUAGGAUUGUCACACCUAGAGUAGCAAUUUUCUAACUCCAGAUACUUAUUUUGAAUGUAUUGAAACACAGGACUUGUGUAAUAAUAUAUCUUCUUAGGCAAAAUUGAUUUUUCACACAAAAAUAUAAGUCCAUCUCCUUAGUGACAAGAUAAUUUUUUGUCCCCAUGGGGUUUUUUUAUUUAUCUCAUGAGUUUCAAUGGAAUACUCAUAUGUUUUAAGUCAAACAUGCAAUUAAUUAAGUCCUUGUGUAAACAGAAUUAUUGAGGAACCACUCUCACUUGUAUGUCUUUGGGGUCUUAAAAAAUGGAAACUGUGUUAAUGAAAUGUUACUGUACUUGCUGAUUUUAUCAGUUAUGUUUAAAGCAAAAUAGAAAGCUUCCUGUUCUUUGAAUCAGAUACAUAUAGUUGGAAUAAAUUCAUUAUUUCUGUUCAAGUGGAGGUUCAAGUUCUGAACAGGGGUAGACUUCUUAUAUGAGGAAACCAAGAGGAGUAUAUGUUAUAUAUAGGAGGAGUUCACAUGGAAAUUUGAGAGGCAGGUGUAGUAGAAAAUCUUGAAGAAAGGGGUUAGGAAUCAGUAAUUUCAUGAGGAAAUGGUCUCCACAGAAUUAGUUUCUAGUAUAUGCACAGAAAAUUGGCUGAGUUUCUGGGGAGCAUCUGGAGGUAGAAGUCUCAGGAGAGCAUAGUGGGGUGCUACCAGUAGUCAUUAUAAACUACCUGGUUUGUUCCAUAGCUCCUUCUCCAAGACAGGACAGGAAAAGUUAUCUUCUCUAAUGUAUAUUUACAUUUGGGGUUUUUUCUAUAUGGAAUAUGAUUUGCCUGGGGGGAUAGCAGUUCAAACAAGCUGCAGUUCAAGCACCAACACUGCACAGCUGCUAAUGAGAAACUAUAUAACUGUUUCUGCAAUAUAUAAACAGGCUUAUCAGACUUAGUCACUAGCUGACAAGCUUUUUUUCUCAGAGGCUGGGAGGUGAAAGAAAAAAAAUGUUUGGGAUGUCUCUUGUAUCCUAAACUAUUCUAAAUGGAUUUGCCUAGUGACCUGCAGGGAAAUUCAUGUCUUCCCUUGUGGAAGCAUAAUAGAAUGGAAAAGUUUCUUUUCCUAGCUUUGCUUGGGAGAGAAAGACAAAAAUUAAAAUAGUAGGAAAGCUAAAAUGUAGUAACGUAUUCAAAGUUGGUUACAGUUGUAACACAGCAAUUGACUCAGUCAUCACUAAGUUUGGGGUUUCUAUAAGUAAUAAGCCAGUACACAUCAUCUCACAAAUUACCAAGUAAUGUUAUAUAUGCAGGAUAUUCAUAGCAUUGAUGACUCCUACUACCUGGAUGUUAGAGUAGAUGUUGAAAAAUUUAUGAAAAAGGGCUUUAAGCUAAAUAUAUGGGUCUUACAAAUGUUAUAUAUAUUCUUCAUAAACCCUUACGCUUGGGUGUUGUGAAGAGUGUGUUAGCUUUCUGGUUGGUCUGAACAAUCCUUAUUCUAGGACAUUACCACUAGGGUUUACUAUUUUUCUUCUUCGUGUAGCUGCACCAACUCUUUGUUUCAACACACUGUGCUUUCUGCAUUACUGUGCCAGCUUCCACCUUAUUUUAAGUCUCUAUAGCAACAUGCUUCUCAGCAACUGGGAGAUGCUUAGUAAAGGCCCCUCAAUGUAGAAAUAUUGCACUCCAACCUUAGAAAAAUGCUUUGAAACAAAGAUCAAAGAAGUUUUAUCUUGAAUAAUUCAGGAUAUUUAUUACUAUUUAAUUAGUGUUCUCUGUUUUGACUGCUUAGACAAUUACCUGAUACUUUGAUCUGGGCCUUUGCCAGGCAUUUGUUGUGAGCAGCAUUAAUUUAAAAGCAAAACCUUUAGAACUACAUCUUGAAAUCAACUUUUAAGUGCUAUAAAACUACCGGACUCCUCUGGCAGUGUCGUCUGACUUUUGGGCCUUUAGUAAGUAAUAAGAGAAAGGUAAGAGCAGCUACUGUAUUUAAGAGAAGACAAUAAUUUUGGCCUUUGAACAAAACAUAGAAUGUGUUCACCCUUCACAGGAAACAAAAGUAGCUGUAGGUUAUUUUAUGCAUAUUUAAAAUGUUGAUGAUAUGUUGCCUGAUUUCAAAAGAAAAAAAUUCUCUGUGAUCAAGUCAGUUGAUCUGUUGGGAGAUUUCUGCCUUACUUCAUGUGGCUUGUCUUUCUCUGUACUGUAACUUAAUCAUGUAGCAUGUUUAAAAGUGCAUUUUAUUUGCUGAAGUACAUAUUCUAAGAACCUGUAAGGCAAGUAAAGUAGAUAUAAGUAAUCAAACAUUGCUUUUCUUUCACAUUACAAUAGGUUUCAAGAAAAGGGCUGCUCUUGUUCUGCACAUAAGAGUAUUCUUAUUAAUGGGACCAAGAUUUAUAAUUGUAAAAAUUUAUUUCCUGCACAUUUGUACAUAAUUUUAAUUUUCUUGUUUGUUUGUUUUCUGUUUUUUUUAUUGUUAAAGGGCACAAGUAGCUGAAAUAUAACACACUAACUGAAAUGGUGUAUGAAUGAGCAAAGUUAGUUCAGAUUUGGUGGCUGCAGAUACUGCUUCUACUUUCAUAUUAUGUUCGUUAUAAGGUAGAUGUGCUAAUACUGAAGUAGAUUCUGUUCAUUUCACCCAGGCAUUUCUAACUGCAGUCAAGAUCUGGACUGUCCACAGAGUUUUGUAUAUAAAAAUGUAGACUGUACAUACAUUAAUAAUGCCUUUUGUAAGGUUUUGGAGGGAGGAUUCAUAGGUAUGAUGUUGUAUAAUGGUGGGCAGUUUGGUAAAACACAUAAACACGUGCUUAACCAAGACCAUAAAUACCCUAAUAGAAGGGUAUAGGGUCUUUCCAUAUGGGUCCUUUAAAUGUUGGACUCUGCACUGUACUGAAUAGAGAUCUUGUCAUUUUACAGUAUCAGGUGCUCAUAGAUUAUGCAUGCUGCAUAAUUCAGUAAGGAUCUGUUCUUAUUUGAGUAAGCAAAUUCUAAUGAGUUCUGUAUAUUUUUACAUUCGUUCCAUCCUCUUUCUUUAUUUUAUGUACCCUUGGUGCAGAGAAAAACAGGAGGAAAACAUGAGGCAAGCUGUGUGUUUGUAAGUUUACCUUCUAGGUUUCUUACAAAACAUGUAGCUUUCAAUAAACACUUAUCUUUAAUUCAUUGUUUAGAAUCUUCUGAUUUCAUUGAUUUGCCUACAUUGACUUUUCUGUCAGGCUAUGCAGAGGCACCUACUACUGCAUGUAUUUUAGGAGUAAUUGUAUCAUAUUUGCAUAUAUGUUGCGUAUGUAUUUGCAUAUCCAUAUGUAUAUGUACAAAGUUACAUGCCUAUGUAAAUGUUGGGCAGAGCUGUAGUCUUGCAGAACCCAGUGUGGAGUCCGAGAUCUAAAUCUUAGUAAGGAAGAAAAUAGAAGAACAGUGGAAAAGAAACAUAGUGGUAUUUCUUUCAAAGAAAGACUUAAGUAAAAACUGUGGUAGUGUAGUCUUUAAUGAAAAGUUAUGAAAGCAAAUCUGUAUCACAUUAUUUUAAGUAUUUAUAGAUUACUUAGAGACUGAAACACAAAGUAGCAGCUUUCACCAACUAAAAUGGUGAGAAGCAUAUUUAUGGUAGACUGAACAAUUACAGAUCAUUGAAUAUUUAUGCUUCAUAAUUGGCCAGUAUUCUGUCAUGUUUAUGUCAAAUGAUCAAUGAUUCUCACUGGAGAAAUGUAGUAAGUGAACAUUUGUUUAAGUUAGGGUUUAACACCAAAGGUAUUAUUUAAGUUUUAAAUAUUUUCCAAGUAUUUAAUUUUUAUUUAUUCUGGCAAAAUUUCCCUUUUUUCUCCACAAUAAGCCGUAUAUGUGGCCCUUGGAAUCUUGUAAAACUUAGAUCCAUUAUACCUAAUGUUUUGCAACUGAUAUUAACUGAUAUUAACUAAUAUUAACUGAUAGUUACUAUAAUUAAUUCAUAUUUUUAUGUUUGAAAAUAUAAUGUAGUUUAGAGCAUUAGUGAAAUAAAUCCUGAGGGGAGACAUUCAGUUUCCAUUAUUAUCAGGGACAUAAUUACUUUUGCUUUCAGAGUUGUUUAAAAAAGGAGGUUCAUGGUUAUCCUUCCUUUUUCCCUUCCAAGUCAGCUCAAUAAGAAAUAAUGUCACCUCAGACAAAAACGUAAGUUCUGUUUGAAAAUUUUAGGAAAUACCUGUGAGCAAUUGCAAUCAAUGAAUCUUGGGAAGAGGCUGGUUUACAGUUAUACCCUCUGUGACCUGAAAUUGUACACUAUGGACUGUGUGGUAAUCCUGCAUGUAAACACUGGACUCUUACAGUGAAAGGUCCCAUUUCCUGUACUUGAAACUGUUUUGAGGAUCAGUUUUGCCCUGCUAGAGUUUUGCAAUUACUUGAGUUACUCCUACUUUAUGCUGAGCACAGAGUGUGCAAUUUCCUGGCGUUUCUCUGCACGUGGCACCAGAACUGCUACGGUGUCUUAUGUAUUCUGUUUAAUUUAAUUUCUGAAAUGCAACCAGUAAAUUGUUCAGAUUAAAAGGUUUUAUUUGAAUGGUUCGAUAUGUCUCUGUCUGGAAUAUGUGCUUUUACACUUUUUUUGUUUUGUUAUAGAAUGCCUAAUGCCAUCUGUUCAUUUCAAAUGGAUCCAGACUUGCAGGGUGAGGAUUUUUCUUAUUUUUUCCCAGCUUUUCUCAAGAGGCAUUUCUGUGUCUUUUUGAACAGAAACUACUGAAUUGUAAUGAAGUCAUGCCACUUUAAGAAUUUCUGUCCUGUAGCACAUGAAUGACAAAUUACACAGCUGUUAAGUCAUACCUUUAUUGUUGGAUCUGCCUUGGCACCUUCCUUGCCAUUAUCACAUUGGCUCAUGGCACACUGGGAUCAUCUUCCCUAAUUUAUAAUAUAUAUGCUAUGUUUUUUCCCAUAUUCUCAAACAGGCAUGAAGGAUGGCCAUACAUGCCCUCUCUGAGUGCAAAAUCUCAUCAAAUGCUUCAUCUGCUACAGAACAAGUAGCACAAAAUGCAGAACUAGCAGAGGCUUUCAAUGAUGUUCAGAGCUCCGUCUACAGAACAGCCUUAAAACUACGCUCAGUACAAAGUCUGUGCCAGUUGGAUUUGAUUGACGUUUCUCUGAUUCAGCACAUCCUAUCAAGUGAACGGAGCCAGAGAGGAGAGCAGAUUUCUCUGAAUAUGCAGCAAAUCUCUAGAAUGUUGACAGAACUGUUCCGAAGGGCAAGAUUAGAAAAACCAGGCCAGGUAGAUCUGAGAGCCGCUGAAUUCACGUUGAGUCUGCUCGUUGCCAUGUAUGACAGAUCUGGAACAGGGUAUGUCAAAAUUAGAUCUGCUGCAGCUGCCCUAAUUGCCCUUUCAGGAGACACUCUACUGGCUAAAUACAGAGCUUUCUUCCAGUUUUACGCUGUCCCUGAUGGGAAGGUGGCCUUGAUUACCCGUAGUGCCCUGAGAAGCCUACUAACAGACUUAAAUCAGAUCCCAGCCAUUGUGGGAGAAAGCUGCACUCUGUCUUGUGUGGAAAUUGCGACUCAUGACUGUUUCCAUGGGGUUCUGAAUUCAGCUAUUGUUGAAGAAAAAUUCCUGUCUUGGCUGAGAUCGGAGCCUGCUGUUCUCCUGUGGCUCCCUACAUGUUACAGAUUAUCAGCCACGGAAAUGGUUUUUCACCAAGCUAGAUGUAGAGUCUGCAAAGUUUUCCCCAUUACUGGCCUCAGGUAUCGCUGUUUGAAGUGCCUCAAUUUUGACCUUUGCCAAGCGUGUUUUUUCACUGGCCGUCUCUGCAAACCACAUAAGAGGUCACAUCCUGUUGUGGAACACUGUGUGCAGAUGUCAGCAAAGGCCAGUGCAAAGCACUUUCUCCGCACCAUCAGGAACAACCUGUUUCAAGAGCGCUGCAGAAGAAAGGAGGCUCAGAGAAGAAGGACUCUGGAGACAGUGGAGGAGAGGCACUUCCCUACUCACAAAAAGACUUUUCCUCCUGCAGAACUCAGUGCUUCACCACUCCCUGGCCCUGAAAACCUGUCUUUCCCAGGGGACAGUUGUGUCCCAGAGUCACCCGAGUUCAUAGCUGAAAACAGGACUGUAAUGCAGAAGAGUGAGAAUAACAGAAAGACCAGAAAGACACUAGAGCAAGGCGAGACAAUAGCUCAGGCAAUAGCCUCUUUUGAAGCAGAUGUGUUAAAAAUGCACAAAUCUAUCACAAGCGUUCACAGUGACAGCAGGUACAUGAAGAAGCAGUUCAACAAAUGGAAGGACAAAAUACAAUUUCUUCACAACUGCCAGGAAGAAAAAAGCUGCAAAAUAGAGGCGAAACUCCAAAGACUGAGAGUAAGCCAUAAAAACCUACAAAUGACACUGCAGCAAAUGGAGCAAGAAGUAAAGACAAUGUUACAGUCAUCAGAACGUCCUUUUGCACAGUAUCAGAAUACAAUGCCAAGAAAUCCCCCUGUUCUGCUGGAAAGGAAAAUGCAGGGUGGAUUAAAUCCUGCCCAAAUAAAGCCUACUUCCAGAACAUGUGCAGACUGGAAAUCUUUGAGUCCCCCCAACCCUGCAAAUAGAAUGCAGCUUUUACAGACACCUGAGGUUCCCACUGCAGUGGACUUUAUGUUUUCAGAUGACCCACUGGAGUCAGUGUCCCUGCAGAGUAACAGACCUUUUAUGGGACAGUAUAAAAAAGCAAAUGAGAAUCAAACAUAUCUGCCUAAAUGGACAGAAAACUCUCUCAGUGGCGUCAUGAGGAAUACAGUUCUUACUCCCCCUGCAGUGCAACUACCACCUGAUGAGAAGGAAGUCAGAGAGGAAAUGGAGCUGCAGCAGCUAGUGAUGAAACUGAAGGAUGGAUUGUCUCUCCAAACCCAACCAGCCCAACAGACUACUUUGCAGCAGGAGUUGUUCUCUACAGCUGAGCAUGUUUGCAGGUCCUUUUCUGACCUCAUCAACCAAGUAAUUUCACCAGCUUGUGAAUGAUGGAAACCACCAUUCACCUUUACAGCUUCACUGAACUACUUAAGGUAAUUGAUGCCAUGUCAAACUCUUUAAAGAGUCUCAGGUGUUGCAUUGUAAUAACACAGCAUAACAGAUUUCUGCAUUUAAUGACUUCACCAGGAACAUAUUGGAGAACAAUAUUCCUUUUUUGUGGUUUCCAGCUCCUGUGCAGUGGAUUCCUCAGCAGUACAAAUGAUUGCCCAUUUCUCUCUCUUUAGCUGAUAUCCCAUAGUCAAGUUACUUCUUUGUAAGUCACUCAAGUAUUUCUUGUUGGUGCCAGCAACAAGGAAAACUUUUUUUUUUUUGUAGUGCACAGAAGUAUUUUAAAGAUCUGAGAAAUGAAAAUUAUGCAGUACCACUUCAGAGAGAAAAAAUAUAGACUUAGUUACUUAUUAUCACAGUUCUGCAGGAGGUGCAUAAAAAAUAGUGAAUGAGUACGUUCAUGUGUGUUCAAAACCAGUUAUGGUUCAAGAAAAUGUGCAUAAUGUUAAGGAUUUUAAGGAUGUCACUGAAAGUAUACCAGCUUUUCAAGAGAGAAAUUCUCCUAAUUAUUACAGAAUUUUUUCUGUGAUUACUGAGAAAAUAAAUUUGGCUUGGGUAAAAGCAAAAUAUUUUUGAAAGCUUUGGGAGAAAAGUGAGAUAAAUUAUAUAUUCUGAAGCUUUGCUUCAUGUAUAAUCAAACAGAGUUUAGGCUGAUGUGAAUGAAAAGACUAAUGAAAAAUGUAGUGCCUAAAAAAAGCUGCU